CAAUGUCGCCAUUAUUACCCCGGUCCCAUGCCUGCCGUUCAUCGUCAUCGUCAGCAACAACAAUGUCGCCAUUAUUACCCCGGUCCCCAGAAUAAUCAUCGUAUAUCCUCCACUGCCCAUAAAUAAACUCCUUCCCCUCGCUCCCUUUCCUCUUUCUCUGUUUUCUCGCCGAGCCGCGUUUAGAGAGGAGGGUCCAAGAGCUCCCUCCAGCGUUGGACAUUGAAGGAUUCUAGUCUUCGGCCAUGGCUUCAAAGAGGAUAUUGAAGGAAUUGAAGGAUCUCCAGAAAGAUCCUCCCACGUCUUGCAGCGCAGUUGAUGUUGUGAUUGAAUUCAACCGAUGGGAAAAAAAAAUGUUGCUUUUGGGAUGGUGGUCAACCUUGUGAUUGAAUUUGCUCAAAUGAAGAUUUUUCCCCAUUCUUUUCGCGUCGUUGAUCUUGUGACCGAAUUCAAGCGAUGGGCAAAAUCGUUUCUUUUGGGCAUAAUAUGUUUUUUAAUGUUACAUUAUCUUUUCAUGCAGUCAAUCUUGUGAUCAAGUUUUGUCAAUGGGAAAAACGUUUAUUUUCCCGAGGGUUGAUGGAGCCCUGUGAUGUGUAUUACGAAUUUAGGGGGCAAUUCUGUGAGUUACAUGGAAAUUUGAAUGAGGCAGUGGGAAGCUAUUUACAAGAUUUGCGAAGGCCAAAGUUUUCAUUGCAAGUCAUGAUUAUUUUCUAUGAUAUGAAGCUUCAGCGAUGCCAGGUUUUGGCUUUCAGUUUAAAGGAUGUAAACGGCGUGAGGAGAUUCUCUGUUCUUUGCAGACAAGCAAUGGAGAUAUUGGUGGGUGGUGCCAAGCUGGUUAUUUUGCCCAUUGCAUCUAUUGUAGCAUCAUCUCUAAUUUUGCAUACCAGUGGCACUACCAGCAGACUGUCGGCACCCCUUCAGAUCCUCCUUAGCAUUAAAUUCCUUACAUUUGAUGCCCCGCAAUGAUUUUUUUGGUGCAUAUUAGAUUAUUGUAUUGUAGCUCUAGGCGGAUCCUCUUCUUUGAGUUGUCCUUUCACAUUAGGCCUCCUUGGAAAUGAAUUCCUUCAUGCAUAUUGUGUAACUAAAUGCAUUCCUCUAAGAUUAAUGUUCCUUCCCGAUUCUA